ACGAAGCGCAACUCACCAUCAGCUCGUAACUAGAUUGCGCCGAUUUGUCUAUUUCUCCUCCAGAUCAACUUUGACAUAUCGAGCUUAGACAAUUAAUUGUUGCCCAACAUGCCGGCAUACAACUCCGUCUUCAACUCGGACCCUAAUGUCCCCCGUAUAAUCGGCAACUUCCCUCUUCUUCCUCUCCGAACCAAGACCCGCGGACCUGCCUACACCCUGCCCGCCCCCUCGCCGCCUCUGCCGGCCAACGAGUCACCCGAUCCCGACAGUGACAGCUACGAUAUCCUUGACGAGGUCCUCGCCCUCUUCCGUGCCAACACAUUCUUCCGAAACUUUGAGAUUCAAGGCCCCGCCGAUCGUCUGCUCGUCUAUGGAAUCUGGUUUGUCAGCGAUUGUCUGACCAAGAUCCGCCCUCAUGCUUCUCUACGUGAUGCCCAGAAGGAUGUCAUGAACCUGGCGCUUGACCUUAACUUUGCUAUUCCCGGCGACCCAGGAUGGCCUCUUAACCAGAUGUACGAGGCCCCCAAGGACAGACAAGAGGCGGAGCAGCUCAAGCAAUACAUGUCGCAGGUUCGACAGGAGCUUGCUGCUCGAUUACUCGCUAGGGUAUACGACGAGGAUGAGACCAAGCCUAGCAAGUGGUGGUUGAGCUUUACCAAGAGAAAGUUUAUGGGCAAGUCGCUGUAGAGUAUUGGCAAGGAUUGCUGUGAGGUGAACGUAUUUAGAAGACUACCAUGAUACAAACGUUGAGGAGCUAGCACCAUACAAAAUAUAUUUUCCAGUA